ACCCAUGCUGCACACGUUGGCCUGGGGCUCACUCUUCUUCCCGGGGCUCUUCGCGCUCAGCACCUGGGCGCUGCGCCGCGCGCGGCCCGAAUGGACCUAUUACGACUGUUUGAUGAUCAGCACCAGGCUGGUUUCUUCAGCGCAGGCUGUGUUGGCCACCGGGUCUGGGAUCAUCAUCAUCUUCCACUGUAAAGACGUGGUCAGCGACAGGUACUGGCUUGCCCGAGAAUAUGUCUGGUUUUUGGUUCCAUAUAUGGUCUAUGACACCUACGCCAUGUACCUGUGUGAAUGGUACCGAACCAGAGAACAGAACCGCAGAGACUCCCGCACCAUUUUUCGAAAUUACCUAAGUAAAAACCGCCUCAUGAUCACGCACCAUGUGGUCAUUCUGUUGGCCCUUGUGCCAAUUGCACAGAAGCUCAGGGGAGAACAGGGGGACUUCUUUGUUGGCUGCAUCUUCACGGCAGAACUGAGCACUCCAUUUGUGUCGCUGGGCAAAAUUCUGAUACAGCUAAAGCAGCAGCACACCCUGCUGUACAAGGUGAACGGGAUCCUCACGCUGACCACCUUCUUUUGCUGUCGGAUCCUCCUUUUCCCCUUCAUGUACUGUUCCUAUGGCCAACAGAUGAAACUAAGCCCGUUCCAAGUGCCAUUCAGGAUCCCCUUCUUCUGCAAUGUGGCCAAUGUCUUCCUCAUUGCUCCCCAGAUCUAUUGGUUUUCUCUGCUGUGCAAGAAGGCAGCCGGGCUCUUUGACACUCCCCCAGCCGAAAAGGAUGGAUAACUGCUCCCAGGAGUCAGGCAGUGAGGGGGCCUCCUCACGCUAGCUGCCUCUUCCACUCAGUAUUCCACGGACCAGACCGUGCCCUGGGUGGCCUCGGCCUUUUGGGUAUUGAUAAGCAGAUGGGUUUGAGUUCUAAAGAAUAUUCAUAUUACCUCCCUUUUCUAACCUGCCCCUUUUGCAAAAGCACUUUUUUCUUAGUAACAACUAGUGGAUCCUGUCAGAUCUCCGCUGGCAGCAAGGCUAAUGCAAGCCCAAGGAUCCUUCCUUGGGUCUUAUCUCAAGGGCUCUGGGAGGUAGAAGCGUGGGGUGUGGAGACAGGUAGACCGGGAUGAUAAGCGUCUGGGCACCCAGCUGGCCCUAAUAUUGGCGGCUACCCACUUUGGCAAACACUCAGGGCAAUAUCCACACAUA